AUGCCUGCUCAAUUCACCCUCUACUCGCACACGGGUGGACCCAACGGAUGGACCGGUGAGUCAUUGUCACAUCAUGUGGUUUUCACGCAGCACCGAGUCUUUCGGCCCCACAAUAACUGAAACGUCCUUGCUGCAAACCACGCGGUCGUCCCCCACCAGUUGCUUUCCUCUUGAAGUGAGUGCCCUUGUCGGGGAUGGUCCUCCUACACACCUAUGCUAAUUCUGGGUCAUCUUACUCCUCGACAGGGCUCUUGGUCUGUCUUACGAGACCAAGUAUCUCGACUUCUCGAAGGGGGAGCAAAAGGCCAGCGACUUUGUCAAGCUCAACCCGAACGGCAGGGUCAGUAGCUUCCACCUCGGGGAUCCCGAAGUCGGCAAAGGUGACUGACAGGGAGUAUCACCACUUUUCCUCCACACAGAUCCCCGCUCUCGUUGACCACCAAAACGGCGACUUCGUCGUUUGGGAGUCCAAGGCCAUCCUUCUGUACCUCGUUGACACUUGUACGUCGCCUGAGUUGGCCCGCACGAACUUUUCGAACACGCGCAAAUGCUGACCUAUUUCGAUGCUCCUCUUUACGACUUGAUGACGAGAAGACGACAAGGAGGGCAGAUUCACCGUCUCGGACCCCAAGGAGAAGGCACAGCUCAUUCAGCUCCUCUUCUUCCAGGCCUCCGGCCAAGGUCAGUGCUCGCGGCACCGUCGGUUUCCUCACAAGUCCAAUACACUGACACCCUCGUUUGCGUGCUCUCAGGUCCUUACUACGGUCAAUCCGCACACUUCUCCCUGUUUGCGCCCGAGAAGAUUCCUUGUAAGUCGGCGCAGUGAGCACCUAUUCCCCUGCCACCCAUGCUGACGCCAUCAUCCCGCCCUGCUCGCACCACAGACGCCAUCAAGCGCUACAAGGAUGAAGUCAAACGCGUUCUCGGCGUCCAAGAGGAGAUCUUGAAGGAGGCCAAGGGCGGCUACCUCGUUGGCGGCAAGGUCACGAUCGCCGAUCUCGCUUUCAUCACCUGGUCAGUUGCUCCUCGCCCUUGCCUCAACCCUUCCUCGUUCUGCUCAGUCAACUGAUUUGGUUCCCUACUGCACCGUUCUAGGAACGAGUUUGCCAUCGCCGCCAGUCUCGGCCCUGACGGCACGGACGUGUCCAAGGAGUUCCCGACCCUGUUCAAGUGGCACGAGGGCCUCAAGCAGCUGUCUUACGUCGCCGAGACUUACGCCGAGAAGGCCAAGGUUGGCGCGCACUAG